AUGGAGCAAGUCAGACUCGACCAUGAUGUACACAUUGGAUACAAACAAGCUUGGAAGAUUAAAGAGUUUGCUCAGGAUUUGAUCAGAGGGACUCCAGAGGAUAGCUAUCAAAACCUCUCGAAGUGGUUGUUUAAGGUUACUGAGAAAAACCAUGGAUCAAAGGGAAUAUUGCUUGGAGCUAGUGCACAGAACGGAGAUUAUUCAUUGUAUCCACUUGUGUUUGGGAUAGUUGACUUUGAAAAUGAACAUGCGUGGACCUGGUUUUUUAGAGGACGUAAGACUGUGAUCCCUGAUGCAUCUAAUUUAGUCUUUGUUUCAGAUAGAGCUCAUGCCAUUGCAAAUGCACGUUCAGUGGUUUAUCCGCUUGCACAUCAUGGUAUUUGCAGAAUUCAUCUGUUGAGGAAUACAAUACCAAAGUAUGGGAGAACUGGGUUGUUGCCGCUUGUAGAAGCUGCAGCUGACGCUUACACUUGUCAUGAGUUCAUUGGCAUCUUCAAUGACAUAAAGAGCAUAAGUCCCAUAUUAGCUGCAUAUUUGGAAGAAUCUGAUUUUGCAAAGUGGGCUCGCUGUUAUGCACAUUUCGAACAGGAAAAAGCUUGGAAACACAAAAAGCUCGUCACACCACGCGUAGUGAAGAUGAUGUUAGAGAGAUACAAUGCUGCAAUGAAACUUGAUAUUUUCCAAGUAGAUCAGUAUGAGUUUGAAGUAAAUGACGAGACUCGGAAGUACAUUGUUCAUCUGGAAAACAAGCAAUGCACUUAUCUCAUUUUUGAAAUCGACAGAAUCCCCUGUGUCCAUACUAUUGCUGCAGCUAAGUGUACAAACAAGGAUGAGAACAAGUAUAUGGAUCAGGCUUACUUAACGAAAACCUGGGCUAAAGCAUAUGCUGAGAGCAUUCACCCAUGUGGAGAUUUGACAAAUUGUAAUUUCCCAGAUACUGUACAAGUAUAUUCAUGCGCACCACCUACUUGUAAGCAAACCAGUGGGAGACCUCCGACAAAGAGAAAAAGAUCAGUUGGAGAGUUUGGUGUACCCGGUUCAAAAUCCCAAGGACACAAAUGUAGCAGAUGCAACGUAGGAGGACAUAACAGGAGUACAUGGAUAUCAUAUUAG